AUGCUGCUGACAGUCACCUGGGUUCUGUGUGUGACACUUUUGAAGACGUCAUGGGCGUUUCCUUCAGGGGCACACAGCAAUACUUCUAAUCCCAUGGAGGCUUUUUCUUCAUACUGCACUUCUGGAAAUUUCCGACCAAGCCACGGAAACAUUUUAGCCCAGUCCAGUCCGGCACCUUACAACAUCACGGUGACUUCCCCUGCCGGAAAUAUCUACAAACCUGGGCAGAUAGUUACAAUCACCAUCGAAGGCACCAAGACGCCAAACCGGAAGUCGUUCAAGGGAUUCUUCUUACAAGGAGAUUCAACUCAAGCUUCUUUUGCUGGUGACAUUACGUGUGGAGAUAAAGGCAAAAAGGCCACCUUCUGCGGCAAGUCAGGGGCCACCCAUGUCAGCGCUGUUGUCAAGGAUUCGAUAGUGUGCCAGUGGACCCCGCCAGACUUCCAGCUGGGUCGGGUCCAGUUUGUGGCCACCAUAGUUGCAAACUUUUCCACUUUCUGGACCGGAGUGAAAAGUUCAAGUACCCUGUUGGAGGAUCCAACCACAAUGACCUACGAGGAAAAGUCUAAACAAGUGCGGGAACAAAUGAUGCGCCAGUUUCAGCAAGGAGCCUCAGGUUUGGGAAGCCCCGCAGGGCAAUCGCCAAGGGCAGCCAACCCUUUUGCCCAGAUGUUCGCUAUGGGAAAAUAA